UGAAACGUCAAAAACACAAAAGAUUCCCAAGGGAGUCACUCCUCUUUCUCUUUCUCAUCCUGAUGAAUAUCAAAGAUUUGACAAACCAAAUCGUCAUUAUUCAUGUAAGGAAGAAGGAAAAUUUAUAACUGCCUUUAUAAAAUCUUUUGUUACAUUUGGAGAGGAAACAAGAAAACUCGAAACAGCCGCUAGUUUGUUUCAGAGAUGGCGGGAGGUGGUUUCGUUGCUCAAGGUGGAGGAAAGAAGUAUGAAGGUGGUGUCACACCCUUUGUCAUCAUGACCUGUUUGGUUGCAGCUAUGGGUGGUCUCAUUUUCGGAUAUGACAUUGGUAUCUCAGGUGGAGUGACUUCAAUGAACGCAUUUUUGGAGAAGUUCUUCCCAUCUGUGUACAAGAAAGAGACUGAAACGCAUCAUGAAAAUAUGUAUUGCAAAUUUGAGAGCCAUUUGCUGCAACUUUUUACGUCUUCUCUCUACGUUGCAGCAUUGGUAGCUUCCUUCUUGGCUUCUAUGGUAACUAGAGCCUUUGGUCGCAAGAUCUCCAUGUUGUUGGGAGGCUUGGUUUUCCUUCUUGGUGCCAUCCUUACUGGUGCUGCCAUGAACGUUUUGAUGCUUAUUAUUGGUCGUCUGUUACUUGGUGUUGGUGUUGGCUUCGCCAAUCAAUCUGUGCCAGUUUAUCUAUCUGAAAUGGCACCAGCACAGUUAAGAGGAGCACUCAAUAUUGGUUUCCAAAUGGCCAUCACGCUUGGUAUUUUGGCUGCCAAUCUCAUCAACUAUGGAACAGCAAAAAUCAAAGGUGGCUGGGGAUGGAGAGUUUCGUUGGCUCUUGCAGCAGUCCCAGCUAUAAUGAUAAUAGUUGGAUCUCUCUUUCUACCUGAUACUCCGAAUUCAAUUCUAGAGAGAGGCCAUCCAGAGAAGGCAAAAGCAAUGUUGAGAAAGAUUCGUGGAACAGACAAUGUUGAAUAUGAAUUCCAAGAUCUUGUUGAAGCAAGUGAGGCUGCAAAGAGAGUACAAAACCCAUGGAGGAACAUUAUGCAGCCAAAAUAUAGGCCUCAACUUGUCAUUUGUACCUUGGUUCCGUUCUUCCAACAACUUACUGGAAUUAACGUCAUCAUGUUUUAUGCUCCUGUUUUAUUUAAGACCUUGGGUUUUGGCGAUGACGCUUCUCUUAUGUCCGCAGUUAUAACUGGUGUAGUUAAUGUCUUAGCCACACUCGUUUCCGUAUACUGUGCUGACAAAUUUGGGAGACGAGCUUUGUUCCUUCAAGGUGGCGCUCAAAUGAUUAUAUGCCAGGUUCUUGUCGGAAUCAUGAUCGCAACCACCUUUGGAACUACUGGUGUAGGCAAAUUGUCAGGUGGUGAAGCGAACUUUGUGUUGUCCUUGAUUUGUCUUUAUGUAGCAGCUUUUGCAUGGUCCUGGGGUCCAUUAGGAUGGUUGGUGCCUAGUGAGAUAUGCUCUCUCGAAAUUCGAUCAGCAGGCCAAGCCAUCAAUGUCUGUGUUAACAUGUUUUUCACAUUUGUGAUUGGCCAAUUCUUUUUAUCCAUGCUUUGCCACAUGAAGUUUGGGCUCUUCUUAUUCUUUGCUGGCUUUGUCAUUCUUAUGACUCUUUUCGUGUUCUUCUUCUUGCCUGAGACAAAAAAUGUACCCAUUGAAGAAAUGAAUAGGUUAUGGAAGGCACAUUGGUUUUGGGGACAGUACAUCCCAGAUGAGGGUGUGAGUGGUGGUCAUCCCUUUGGAGAUCAAAGUGCAUGACUUUGUAAUAACGUUCAUUAGCACAAUGCGAAAAGGAAAAUAAGUAAGAUUUGGAUUUGUUUAAUAAAUUCAUAUCAGGCAAAAGGAAAGCUAUAUGGAUAUGUAAUUGUACCGAUUCUUUGUACCAAUUCUUGUUUCUGUUCAUGCAAUGAAACCAGAUCUAGCAAAAAUUUUUUGCUUUCUGUGUG